AUGUAUAUAAAGUGUCCACAUGCUAAUAUUGAUUCAGAUAAACAAAUGAAUAUUUUCUUUGAUGGGCUUAAUCCUACAUCUAAAAGUCAUGUUAAUGCAUCAGAUGGGGGUUCAUUGUCAAAUAAAUCUGCAAGAGAAGCAUUUGAAUUAUUUGAUACAAUGGCUACAGAAUCUCAAGAGUGGGCAGCAGAACAUUCACAAAAAAGGGGCAUUUUUGAGUUAUCAGCAGGUUCCUCUAAUAUGUCUGCACAAAUGGAAAAAAUGGAGAAAAAAAUUGAUGCAAAGUUUGACAUUAUUUUACAACAGAUAGCAAAUUCUACACAGCAGCAGCAACCUACAUCAACAAUCUACACUAUCUGCAGCAUGGCUACACACGACAUAUUGGGCUGUCCACAUAAAGAAUCUUACCCAGAGCUUGUCGAGCAACAUGUUAAUAUGAUGAACAGUUAUCAAAGGCCUAGGAAUGAUGCAUAUGCAACUCAUUACAAUCCAGGAUGGAAUGAUCAUCAUAAUUUCAAAUGGGGUGACAAUCAAAAUAAUGCAAGACCAUUCCAACAAGCACAAAAACCUUUUGUACCAUCCAAACCAUCAUUGGAGGAUCAAAUGACUAAACUGGCAGCAACAACACAAACAUUCAUGGAAGGCAGCAAUCAAAGAUUUCAGAAUAUUGAGGCAUCAAUUAAAAGUUUAGAGUUACAAUUUGGGCAGCUAGCUGCACAGAUUUCAGACAGAGAAAAAGGAAGUUAUGACAACCGUGAAAAUGGCACUGAACAGAAUCUGCCAGCAGUGAAAAUUUCUACAGAAUCUGCAAAAACAAGGGUAGAACCUGCCAAUUCUGCAUCAAAACAGAAUCUGACCAGUGCAGAAACUGUCCCAAAACAGGUUUCUGAGCGUGUUUAUAAUCCUCCAGUACCAUAUCCAGAACGGUUAAUACCAAAGGCUAAGGAUCAGCAGUUAAAAGACUUCAUACAGACAUUGGCUAAAAAAAAGCUCGUGGAAACAGAGAAAAUUGUGCUCACAGAACAAUGCAGUGCAGUUCUACUACACAAAUUGCCUCCAAAGAAGAAAGAUCCAGGGAGUUUUACUAUUCCCUGUGAAAGCAAGCUGAAGCCAACCUCCAACAUUAUUCAAUUGGCUGACCGUUCAAUUACCUAUCCUAGAGGAAUCAUCGAAGAUGUUAUUGUUAAGGUUGACAAGCUGUGA